AUGGCUUUGAGAUAUAACGUGCUUUAUGGAUUUCUUUGCAGAUUAGUUACUACUUCUGCUAGACAAUCACAGGAUGCAUGGGGUUCAGCAGACUGGACUGAAGUCGAGGGAUCAUGGAUUCUCAAACCCAAAAGCUCCAAACCCAAUUUUGUUGUACAUUUUGUGGGAGGUAUAUUUGUAGGAGCUGCACCUCAGCUUACCUACCGCUGGUUCCUUGAGCGCCUAGCAGAAAAGGGUGUAUUGGUCAUUGCAACUCCAUAUGCCAGUGGGUUUGAUCACUUCUUCAUUGCAGAUGAAGUGCAGUUUAAAUUUGACCGGUGCUACCGCACACUACAAGAAACAGUCAAAGAGCUUCCUAUUUUUGGUGUUGGCCAUUCUCUGGGAUCGCUUGUCCACCUCCUGAUUGGGUCAAGAUAUGCAGUGCAAAGAUCUGGAAAUGUUCUCAUGGCAUUCAAUAACAAGGUAUUCAUCCAGCAAUCAACGAAAUAUAGCGCUGUCUAA